CGCUGGCCUGGAGGGGCGGCAGGGGCGGAUCCCAGCAGCAGGAGAGGCAGGGCCCGGGCUCCCCACGAUCCGCUGGGUUCUCUGCCCCCCAGUAUCUCCAGGCCAACGGGAACAACUGGCGCUGGUUUGACGACCGCUCCGGCCGCUGGUGCAGCUACAGCGCCAGCAACAACAGCACCAUCGACACCGCCUGGAAGGCGGGCGAGACCAGCGUGCGCUUCACCGCCGGCCGCCGGCGCUACACCGUGCAGUUCACCACCAUGGUGCAGGUGAACGAGGAGACAGGCAACCGGCGCCCGGUGAUGCUGACGCUGCUGCGGGUGCCCCGGCUCGGGAAGGGAGCCAAGGAGAGCAACGGGCAGGAGCUGGAGAAGACCCUGGAGGAGGCCAAAGAAACGGAGGGUAAAGCCAAGGAGGAGAAGGCAAAUGGUACGUGCC